AACAGCGUUCCUUCUGCCUACCGACAGAUCUGUUGAUGCUCUUUAAUCCAAAGGAUUUUCGUUUAACCUGAUUUUUCCCCCCAAUUUCAGACUUGAAAUUGAACGUAGCAUGAACACGGGAUUAAAAAGCGCUCCUGUUCUGUGCAGAUUAUGGUGACAGACAGGCGCAGAUCAGCGCAAUGCUGCGUUUGUGCGGAACAUUUCCGUAGAACUUUCAACGUCUUACAAGCUCUGAGGCUAAAAGCUAGCUGGAAUAAGCUGUCCCCGUCCAAGACGCACCGUUGGUGGGAGAAGUAACGAGAUGUUGGUGAAAAGUAACUGGUCAUGUCACGGUCCCUGCAGCAAGCAGAGAUUCUGUUCAGAAGUACUUUUAAUCCCAGUUUGAAGUGUCUGUUCCAUGUUCCGAGUCGAGAUGAAGAGGAGGAAAACCUUGUUGUGGCUCACAACCUUGUGUCGCGCUCCUCUGCACGUCUGCAGCGACUGCAGCAGCAUCUUCUGUCAGUGGUGUUACAGGGCCCACCGGUGGAAGGGGGCCAGAUGAGGUCCCUACCUGGGCAGUACAGAGCUCUGUGGAGGCUCUUUGAGCAGCGAUCUUUGCUGCUCUUCAUACAUGAAUACACCAGAAGGCUUCAUCUGUCAACAGCUUUCAUAUCCAGACUGAAACACUUGUUGCAGCAUCAGCUCAGGGAACUUCACUUCAUGCAAACUCAGGUCCUGCCCGGCUCACCUUCAUCCAGAAUCAGCCUCGUCUCUCUAAGUCAGGAGUUCCGACUUCAUCUGAACCACUGGAGUUUCAUCACCAGCCGAGUCCAUUCUGACCACUAUCUGAGACAGGCACUAGUUUCACACACCAAAAUGCUGGAGGAGAUGAAACAGACUCUAAACUUACUUGGUCUACAGCUUUUGUUCCUAAUGGAGCAAUGUGUAUGUGGUAUUAUGUCUGUUAUUGGGAAGACUGAAUUGGACUUGGUACCCAGAGAAGUUCUGGAGGACAUUUUAUCAGGAAUAGACCUGUACAGUCAGGCUGUAGAGGAGCAUAAAGUCCAGCUGAGGAUGUUAGUUUUGCAGGAGGCACAUAAAUCCAAAUCCUUUAGCAGUCUUCCAAAGAUUAUAGGACAUCGUGCUUCCGCUGUGUCAGUCAGAGGUCUGAUGAGUGUCUUGGCUGUGCAUCGGGCAGAAAUGAUUGCCAGACUACUGGAGCUGUGGAUUUCUGAGGAGAGCUGUCAUGUUUGCAAGGUUCAUUGCACUCACCAAACAUUCUGUGAUGACUUCAGGAGUCCAGAGUCUGAAUGCAGUUGUAGCUUUCCCAAGUGGACAUGGCAACAGCUGUGGCAGACAUAUCUGACUUCCUCUCCUCUUCCUGUCAGUAUUCAGCCUUCUGUGCAGAUGUUAUCACAGCAAACAUCUGAUAAAUACUCCCCUAUUUGCAGCCCUAAUCGCUUCUUGCAGAGUUCUGCUUUAGAAAUUCAACUCCCUGUUUUGGUGAAACUGUCUCCUUUCCAAAAUAAAGAAGAAAACUCAAGAAAACCCAGAACCAGCCAGAGCCAAACAUGCAUACCUCAGUCUGGACUCACUCGGUUCAGUGCAGAGGCAGCUCAGUCUAACCUGGAAGGUUUAGGAAACUGUGACUGUCCUUCACCCUCUGUAGCCACCUCCCAUCAUGCCUCAGCCCUGCCUCCUCAGUUGGACCAGUCCUCUGUAGAACCACUGUUUCAGGUCCUCAUGACCUCCACUGACCUGCUGACUCCACUGACACUUCAAAGGCCAACCUCAGAAGAAGCAGCUGCUCAGCUCAUCUCAGUCUCAACUCCUGGUGUGGCUGCUUGGAAGGCUGGAUCAGUCGGUGUAACUGCAGCAGCUCAGCGUGAGACGUUCAGCCAGCAGAAUGUCAUUGGGGCCAACACACAGGACUGGACCUGGGACAAAACGGCAUCGGGAGCAGAUGCUCCAGAAAGUUCUGGUGUUCAGAAGGAUGAGGACUUGAGGAGAGGAGGCAGAGAUGGAACAAGGUUCAGCACUGUGGAGCCAGAGUGUGUUGGUGGGCCUCACUCCGUGCAGUGGAUGGACAUGGGUCGAUCAGUUCUCCUUGCUGAUCUGGUCCAACACUAUCAGUCUCAACUGUUGGUCUUCUGCACUAACGCUCUGUGGCUUAAACGCCACACAGCAGCAGCAGGAAACGCUGCAGGCAGCAUCAACCUUCAAGAUGAUCAUAGGAGCUUCCAGACCCUGCACAGCAUUACUCAUGCUUUAGAGACAGGUCUGUUUCCAAAGGCGUUCCGAACCAUACUGGAGAACUUCAGGCUGUAUUUGUUUGUCCAGUCGGCACACACCCACUGGGACUCUGUGGCAGGCAGAGGUUUGGGUUCGGCCCUGAAGGAUAAAUGUGUCAGCAGCUUUGCAGCAGCAACUUCAAGCGAAGAGGGAAAUGUCCUGAUAUCUCAGACCAUGGCUCACUUCCUCCAGCUCCUCCCUCCACUGCUGUCGUCUCUGUGCUGUUGCCAGUCAAACAGCUCAAUGUGUGAAUCUUUUGGCCUCCUCCAGCCCAGCUGUGUACUACAGAGAUGGACUGUUGGUUUGCUGUUUGCUUCGAUCCAAAUCUCUACAGUCUGGAUCAUGUCCAAAGCACAGCAGUUCCUUUCUUCAUGGAGUCCUAAUAAGUUCCUUCUCGUCACCCAGGGAGAUCUCAGAAUGUUGUUGGAGAGCCUGGAUAAGACAAUUGGUCAGACAAAGUCCCCACUGCUGAGUUCAGACUGUGACCAUCAUCCCACUCUGCAGAGCCACAGUCAGCAUCUACAGAGGCUCCAACUGGAAGCUCUUGAUCGGGCUGCAUGUGAGCUGCAAGCAUUCUCCUCUAUGGUGCUGAGCAACUUCUCUACUGACUGCAAGCGGAUGUCUGGGGAGAUCUUUGAACGCACCAUGCCGUCUGCAGGAUACUGGAGGCCGAGCCAGAGGACGGGUUUUCCCAGCAGUCCCAGUGAAUAUGCAUCUCUGGCAGCUCAGACUGUGAUUGGCCAAGUUCUAGAGGCUGUUGCGCCAUUGUCAGAAGAUGCUCACGUCCAAGCACUAGCUGUCACGAUGACGGCUUUCAUGGAGGCAUGGAUGGAGCACAUAUUACGGCAGAAGAUCAAAUUCAGUCUGCAGGGGGCGCUGCAGCUGAAGGAAGACUUUGAUUCUGUCCGGGAGAUGAUCAAGUCUGACAAGUAUGGUCUGUCAUCCGAACUUCACCAGAGACUUCUCAGCCUCAGUGUUUUUCAGCAGGUAGACUCGGCGCUUCUAUGUUUGCUGCAGCAGCCACAGGCCAAGCCGUACCUGCAGCGCCCAGCCUGGGAGUCGUUCACACGGUGCUGUCCAGUUAAAGGCAGCAGAGACAGCUUGGAUACUGCUGCUGUGGGCAGUAAUAUAACCAACCUGGGCUGUGUGGAAGGUGAAGAGCUGACUCAGUCUGAUCAGACUGUCCACCGUCCAGUGGACACAUCUCGCCCUGCAGAGCCUUACCUGGCUUUAAGUACGGUGUUGGGCGCCACCCACCAGGAGUGGUUGGACCUCCGGGUCCACAGCAGUACUCGUCGCUGGCGACUGCCUGGACUACAGUGUCUGUCCAAAAUGGAAACCUGAACAGAUCUUAGUCGGGCUGAACAGACUGGCAGUUUCUCUUUAUUUGUUUCUCUUUAUUUGCAAAGUGUUCACCUGUUUGUAUAAUCAAAAAUGUAUUUCACACUAACUGCAUGUGUUUCAUGACAAUAACUUUCAAUCUGAUGUAGCUCAGUAAUCCCAGCCUGUAAAUGGUUUUAAUGGAGUUAGUUUGAAUUUCUCCCUCCAGCAGAUGGAGUCCCGCUACUCAUGCUGCCAUCUGGCAGACUGGGAUUUGAAAAGACAUUUGAUUGAGGGGGAAAAAUGUUAAGAACUAAUCAUGUGGAACUCCUCAUUCAUACAGCUGUUAUUUAGCUUGAACGGUUGCUAAAAGAAAUGGAGAUAAAGUUAGAAAUCCACUGGAGACAGGAAUAGAUAUGGCAGUAGCGUUAAUGCAGCUGAAGGCCUGACUCGUUUCUGAUUCUGGUGUCUGUUUGUGAACCAGGGGCUGAAUUGAGUCGCUCCACUAGCAGCCAUACGGCUAACAAGCAGUUCAUUUGAUUCAGGUGUGUUGGAGCAGGGAUACGUCUACAAGUUGAAGGGAGGCAGAUCUGUUCUCAGAAAGAAUUGGCGGCCAUCUUGUUUUGGCUCCUGGGUAACUGAUCAUUCCAGCUCUAUGUUAAUUAUUGGGCCUGUGUGGAAAUUUUCAAAUCAGUUUAACUGUUGAAAUGUGCUGACUUCGAGGGCUAUUUGGUAACAUAAUUGUGUUGUGAGAAGGUGCAGGUCUCAGCAGUAGCUGCCAAUGGAUUUCUAAUACAUGUACAGUGUGAGACUUGAGUAAUGUUUUUUUUAUUAUUCCUGCCUUUUAAUAAAUACUGUUUACAAAUGGUCCCUGAAAAUUGGAAUUUCUGAAAUAAACUAUUUUGUGUAGAAA